UACUCGAGAGUGAGUGUGUCAGGAAGGAGAGCUCAGAUCUCUGCGUGCAGAGCUAAAGGGCUACUUCUCCAACCAAAAACCAGACGCACUAGUCUUAUCUUAUUUUUAUUUUCCUAGUGAAAAACAAGGACUAUACCUUAUAUCUACAAAGUUGACCAGGACAGGAGCCUGGGUCAACGACAACUCGGUAUUAUAUUGUAUUUUUAGUUAAUUGUUUUAAGUUGGUUUCUGCUGAAAGGACUGACGGUUUAGUCUAUGCACUGAGACGACAGUAUUUCUAUCUCCACUUCUCGUCUGUUGACCAGAUCAGAGCCAGUUAGCAGCAGUAGGUGACAUGAAGUAAAUUCCUAUGUCGUUUGCAGUGCCCUAGUCAAUGUUUUUUUUCCGCUUUUUUUUUCGAUUUCUACUUUUUUACCUCUCCGAAUGGAGUUGCAUGCAACAGCACACAAGUCUGCAGCAUUGGAGGAAAAGCUACUGCAUGAGACAAGAGAGUGGAGAACAGACGCUUAUUAUUAAGAAGUGUGUUUUUGCGACGCUGGCAAACACCUUCGCCAAUCUGAAGAAAAGUCGUGGCAGCACCAUGAGCGCAGAGCUGAGCAUGGUCCCAGAGCUCCCCAACAGCCCUCUGGCUCUGGAAUACGUCAACGACUUUGACCUAAUGAAGUUUGACGUGAAGAAGGAAGGUCUGACCGGGCUGGGACGUGCCGGGGUGCGCCAGUGUACUCGGCUUCAGCCCCAGGGCUCUGUGUCCUCCACCCCCAUCAGCACACCAUGCAGCUCGGUGCCUUCCUCACCCAGCUUCAGCCCCAGAGAGCAGAAUAACCAUCUGGAGGAGCUCUGCUGGAUGCCCAACAGUGGGUACCACCAGCAGAUCGACCCACAGACGCUGAGUCUGACCCCGGAGGACGCAGUGGAGGCCCUGAUUGGAGCCACGACCCAUAGCCACGCCCCGACCCCGCAUGUCCAGCAGCAGAGCAGCUUCGAUGGCUACAGAGGGCCUCACCACCACAACCCCCAUGACCAACCCCAACAGCAUUACCAUCCCUAUGGGGGAGGCAUUCCGCACCACCCAGAUGAACUGCCUGGACACCAGGCGGGGCACAGCCACCCACAUACCCAGCACCACCACCACAGCCAUGACCCAGACAGCCCGUCCCCCGUCUCCCCAGACUCCCACCAAGCCCUCCACCACCACCAACACGACCACCAGGGGCAACAAGGCUCAGGCAAUGUAGAGGACCGAUUCUCUGACGACCAGCUGGUGUCCAUGUCUGUGAGGGAGCUGAACAGGCACCUGCGGGUGUUCACCAAGGACGAGGUCAUCCAUCUCAAGCAGAAGAGGCGGACCCUAAAAAACAGGGGCUACGCACAGUCCUGCCGCUUCAAGCGGGUGCAGCAGAAACACGUCCUGGAGAACGAGAAGACUCAUCUGAUAAACCAGGUGGGGGCACUCAAGGCGGAGAUCAAUCGGCUGGCGCGCGAGAGGGACGCCUACAAACUAAAGUGCGAGAAACUGACGGGAACGGGAACGAAUAACAGGAUCCGGGAGGCUGGGUCCACAAGGGACAAUCCAUCACCUCCAGAGUUUUUCAUGUCUACACAACAAACAACGCAGAGUUGAGACUCACAUUUGACACUGGGCCUGAAAAAAGAAAAGAGAAUUGUAAAACAAGAAUCCACAUUAUGCAAUCUUGAAUUCUGUCUACUUAUCCCGCAAAGGGGGACAUUGUAUGCGGCAUAUCAUUGGUUGCCUGUUUGGUUAUUUUCGAAUAUAUAUUGAAACAAAAAUCUCAUAAAAAUAUUAAUCCUGCAUGCUGGACAUGUACGGUAAUAAUUUAUAUUUUGUACUACUUAAUAAGAGCAUGUUGUUGAUCUGCGCUUCUCCAUAGCGUUGUUUAGAUGGAUGGAAUGGGGACAGUACAGCAGGGUUGCCUGUGCAAUAUCAUGGUGUUCUGUAGCCUUGCAAAUAUUACGCAACGCAACACUGCACACCAUGAUUGAAGAGGCGGGUUUUAACUUUUCUUUCUUUGAGUUUUCUUUUCAUGUUUAUGUUUGAGUUUCAUUCUGUGGGUAUUGUUUCGGAGAUAUGGCCAUUUUGCAGUUGCAUUUAAAGAUAACAAACUGUAUAUUAAGUGCACUUUAUGGAUACUGGCUUGUUUUUAAGUUUUCAUUUUGAGUUUUGUGCAGUCGCCCUUAAAAUACAUUCUAUGAUUAUGGAGUAUUCUAUUAUAAUAAUAAAGACAAUAUAGAUGCAAGCUUAAUAAUAACCAUGUGACACAAUGUGAUGUAUUGUGCGAAACUGUAAAAACAAACGCCUCGCUAUAAUAUCAGAUGAGUGAGUACUUUGCGCACAACAUUUAAGCACCGUAACUGUUUGUUAGUCUCUCUCCUCGGAUGCAUAUAGGCUACAGUAGAAAAAUACUGUCACAUGUUAUUUCAUUUCAAUGUGGUGCUGUAGUCAGAAGAGUUUUUUCUUAACCAGAAAUCCCGUUCUGUUAACUAUUGCCUAACCCUAAUGUGAAUGUAAUGUGACGAACAAAUGUAGCAGGAGAUUUAAUUGAAACUCGAUUAAAGUAUUUUAUUGGGUGCAGCUGCGUCGUGUUAACAGUCAUAUAGGCCUGCUAUAGACAUAUUUUGUACUUUUCAAUUUUUUUAUUAAUAAACAUGCUUAAUAAUGUUGACCAAAUGAGGGGUUUUAUAUACAAUUAACAAGUAUUUUGAUUGCGCAUGCGUUUCGGGAAUACGACGUUGAAAUGUAUUAAUGCUAUGUUUUCCCCAAAAAUAUUCUGCCAGUCAGUAAAAAAAAAAGGGAUUCAGGUUGUGCAAAAUCUCAAAAUGAAAACUGUUGUGUAUGUUAUAUGACAUUAUCUUUUCGUCUAUUUUAUUAUUAUUAUUUGGUGACUCUGGUUCUGCUGGCCAGAUGCAUAGUUAAAGUUGUAAUUUAAAUGAUUAAAAUGAACAAACUGUCCGAUCAUAUUGAAUAAGCAUGGUGCUUGCAUUUAAAACCUGUUGUGGAGAAGUCUUUUAACAAUCUCUUGGUUUGUUACUGAUUCAACUGUGUUGAAAUCCAAUUGAAACUGCAGCAGCGGGUUCUCGUUUUGUUUUUCAUUUCAUGUAUUUUGCGAUGAUGAUGAGGAUUAAUUUUCAAUCCGGUUUAUAUAAAAAAUAUUACAUUUGAACUGUUGUAGUUCCAUUCAGGCUGGUUUCUGUUUCGUCUUAUUUUUGUUUUUGGAAGAAAUGGUUUCCUAUUUUGCUUAUUAAAGUAAUUGAAAUGGCA